AUGCCGCAGGAUGAGUUUUGGGACCUCCUGCGGCGUCUGGGCAAAUGCUAUGAGGCAGACCUCAAGCGAAGGGCGCCUGUCCAAGCGAGGAGCCUCACCAGCCCGGAGAUUCACCCCUCGAGAGAGGAGACUCAGCCCAACCUCGACAUCCUGCCCGCUUGCCCAAGCCCCAAGAAGACGUCGUCCCCGUGUAGUCCGCUGAGCAGCCACGGCACCUUCCGGAGGCCUUCGGCCCCCGUCCUGCCAGAGGCGCCCGAUGCCCCGGACUCCGGCCAGCUGUUCAGCUUGCGAGCGCCCACGGAUCGGAACUUUAUCGCCCACGUCUGCUGGAUGCGGAAGCCUAAAAUCCGGCGAGGCAGCGUCAGUGUCCGCGCUUCCUUGACGACCACCAGCGCAGAGAUGCCGGGGCAAUACGCUUUGAGCCCGACAGGGCACUUUCGGAACGUUUGGGACUUCUUUGGCAUUGUCCUGCUUGUCCUGGAUUGCAUCAUCCUUCCGUUGCAGAUCGUGAAAGAGGACUUCGACUACGUUUUCCCCUUGCUCGCAUUAAGCUCCACAGUCGCGCUGGCCUAUUGGAUCGUCGACAUGGUGCUGUCGUUUUUCACAGCAUUCCCUGACAGGGGGUCGUUGGUGCUUGAAAGGAGACGCAUCGCUUACCACUACUUGAGGACUUGGUUCGUCCCCGACCUUGUGGUCACAACGAUUGAUCUGAUUUUGGAGUUUUCGGUUGCAGACGGCAACACAGACCGUGCAACCACAAAGGCUUUGCGCCUCUUGCGCCUUUGCCGAGUUGUCCGGCUUGGGAAGCUGACACGCUUUGCUGCGUACUUGCGAGACAAGUUUGAAUCACAGGUGGCAUCCAUUCAGUUCAGCCUGGUCCUUGUGAUGAUGGGCAUGAUGCUUCUGGAGCAUGUCAUUGCCUGCGGUUGGUGCGGCAUCGCCAUGUCCAGCUCGUCAGAGACAUGGCUGAAUCAUUCCCAGGUCAAGGAUGCUUCUUUCGUCGAGCAAUACACUGCAAGCCUGCGGUGGGCUUUCAGUCAACUUGGCAUUGGGGGCACAAACAUCGAGGCAACAAAUGAAACUGAGGGUAUAUACUCCAUCGUGGUUGGAUUGAUCUCCCUAGUGACCUUCUCAACAGUCGUAAGCUCCAUGACUUCAAUGGUGACUGCAUUGCACAGUGGCAGGAUGGAAGAGAUCCAGCAGUUCGGACUUCUCAGACGGUUUCUGCGCGUGAACAAAAUCCAAGCUUCCUUAGGCCAGCGCAUCACCCGGUUUCUCCAGCACACGUAUCACCAGAGAGAGUCAGAUUCCCGUGACCCUUUCAUUUUGGAUUUCUUGUCCGGGUCGCUACAGUCUGAGCUGCAGUUUGCGCGGUACAGCCAUUGUCUUGCAAAAAUACAAUUUCUAGAAGGUGUGCUUGGCAGCAGUCUGAACGCGCAAGAGGAGAAGGUGAUGCAGUCAUUGGCAAGCAAGGCAGUUGAAAUCAUCAGUUCAGCUGAGAAUGACAUAAUUUUUUGCUGCAACACGGAGGCAGAAGCGACGUACUUUGCCCUGACCGCAUCAAUGCAAUACCUGCAUGUCAACAGUCCAGGGCUUGUCGAGUAUGGCAGCUGGGUUGCUGAGAUGUGCUUGUGGACUGAGUGGUGGCAUGUUGGGGAUUUGCUCUCAGUCGGCUUCGGUCGGAUUGCCACGAUCCGCGUGCCGGAGUUUUGCGGGCUCAUCAGUGGCACCCCAAGCAUGCAGCAGCAGGCCCACAAGUACGCUCUAGACUUUGUGCGAGCUCUGAACCAUGCAGAUGCGUGCGACCUCUGGCAGCCGCCAAAACAUGGGGAAGACCACAGUGUCGAACAGCCCCUCGGGUCCCAACAGCUCGUCAGUUGGCGUCGGAAGGUCUUGCCAGUUUGA